CUUCUUUAGACUGACUUUAAGUAUUUCCCGUUAAAUAAAAGAUGUCCAGAGAAGGAUUCAGAGGGCAGUUUCUUUACAACCUGCCCGCCUCAGAUCUGUGGGACUUCUGCCAGGUGAUGGACGGACUGUCAGACCAGGACUGGACCCGUUUCGCCUCAGAAGUCCUCAAAGAUCAGACGACCCUGCGACUGGCUGAGAGGAGGGAGAGGCGGACCGACUGGGUGAUGCACCAAUGGGGGAUCAGGAACGGUCGUGUCGGGGAGCUGCUCGACCUGUUGGAGUGUCUCCAGCUGCUCCGACCCCGAGACAUCAUCCUGGGCUGUGUGUCCAGGAUGAAGUAUUCCCUUCCUCCUCCUCCUCUUGCUCCCGCUCCUCCUCCUCCUCCUCCUGUUCGCCCCCCUCCUUCUUACUCUCCUUCUCAGUUCGACCCUCCUCCCAAAGCAUCUGAGGCCCCGACUAUCUGUGAAGGCUGCUGGACAGAUAGAGGAGGAGGAGAAGGAGAAGGAGGAGGAGGAAGAGGAGGAGGAGGAGGAGGACUACCACCACUACCCAGACCUGCUCCGCCUCCCACCGAUCUGCGUUCUCGUCCCCAGAUAAGACCCCCCCCAGCGGAUACAGCAGCAGCAGCAGCAGCGUGUGGCGGUGGCGGCAGCAUGGCGAUGUGCUGGGUGUAUGAAGACGUGCUCGCUGGGACGGACGGGUUCUCUCCCGCCCGCCGGGUGGGGGAGGGGGGGUUCGGAGUCGUGUACAGAGCGACCCUGAAGAACACAGAGUGCGCCAUCAAGAGACUCAAACAGGACUGCCCGUUGGACCUGUCUCUGCUGAAGGAAAGCUUCCAGACUGAACUGGAGAAACUCUCUAAGUUCAGACAUCCGAACAUCGUAGAACUUCUGGGUUACAGUGAAGGACAAGGAUCAGUGUGUCUGAUCUACAACUACAUGGAAAACAAGUCACUGGAGCACCAACUACACAAUAAGUAUGGCACCCUCUCCUGGUCUCAGAGGGUCAGUAUUGUUCUAGGAGUAUCAAGAGCUCUGCAGUUCCUCCACUCGCCUCCCGACGCUCACAAACCUCUCAUCCACGGAGACGUCAAGAGUUCGAACAUCUUGCUGGACUGCUACAUGGAGGCGAAGCUGGCGGAUUUCGGCCUGGCUCGGUUCGUGUCUCGCGGCCCGUCGGGGCGCACGGGGUCACACACGAUGACGUUCGGCAGGACGGAAACGGUGAGGGGAACGGUGGCGUACCUGCCGGAUGAAUAUACGAGGAGCGGAGAGCUGGGGACCGCUGUGGACGUCUACAGCUUCGGAGUGGUGCUGUUGGAGGUCCUGACCGGGCGGCGAGCUCUGGAGAUAGACCCAAAGUUAGGAGAGAUUUACCUGAAGAGUCUGGUGGACGAGGUUCAGGAAAGUCCGAAUGGUUCGUCUCCAGCAGAGUGGAGGAAACAGCUGGACCACCGGCUGAUGGCAGCAGAGAGCGACGUAGAGCCCGUUGGCAGCAUGGAGAUGGUGGCUCUGGCCUGCUGGUGUCUGAACAACAGGAAGAAGAAGAGACCGUCGAUGAAUGAGGUGUUUGAAAAACUUCAGGACAUCCACAACAUGGUGAGGAAGACCAACUCUUGCCCGUUACCGCGACCCCGCCCUCACCAUGACCUGGACUCCCAGUCGUACUCCAGACAGCCGCGCUCCCUGGACUCCUGUGUGGGAGCUCUGUCCCAGCAGCUGUCCAGACUGGGACCUCUGGAAGAUUCCUCCCAGUACCCCAAAUCCUCCUCCGGCUACCUCACCCCUCCUCACCCGCUCCACUCCUCCUCCUCCUCUCUGCCUCCCACUUCCUGCUCCUUCGUUGGCCCGUGUGAAACCGACGAGAGUCGAGGCUUCUCCCAGUACUACAUACGCUCCGAGUACUCCCAGUUCAGAUCUAACGGGACCAGCUGCACCAGAGACCAGUAUCAAAUUCCCUCUGGGCCCUCGGUGUCCCGGCUCAGCCAGCCUUCUGUUCCCACUGAGGACCAGUACAACUUCCCCUCCCAGAUCAGCAGCAUCAGUGACAGGACGGGACCCGCGGGUGCCACAGGGGCCGCCGGCCGUCCUCCGCAGUGCGUCGCACCGGACAGAGGACAGACGGCAGCGAGGCUCUACGGGACCCCAGAGUUCCUCUCUCCUGCCGGGUCUCUACAGUCAAUGUCCCCAAGGCCCUCAGAAAUCGUCGUGAAUCCCACUAAGCAGCGAUUCCUGGAGAAGAAAAUGUUGUACGAGGAGGGAAGGAUUCAGACUCCUGAGCUGCUGUCCUCCGAUGAUCUCUACAGAGGCGAGAGUUCAGAGGAUUUCAGAGGACCGGAAGAGAGCGACGAGCUGGAUUACCUUCCUUCUAAACGCCACUGACGGACUGGUUUCUACCGACUGGUUUGAUUGUACGACAUGAACCAGUCUGCACGAGGGAAACUUUCUACAGGACCAAAGAUGACCGAGCUGUUAACUAUUUACGACUUUUCAUCACCAUAUUUGCAGAGUAAUCUCCCGGAUAUCGACACUGCGGACGCUGCAGCUGCAGAUUUCAGCCAGUUUGUUGAAUCUGUUAAAUGUUUUUCUGCUUCGAUGUUCACUUAUUGUUUAAAAAAGCAGACGUUUCACACGAGUCAAACGUCUGCCUCGUUGCCGCGGUGAUGAACGAACAUGAGAGAAGAACCACAGAAAUCAGCAAGUUUCACCAAAAUCAUGAAAUCACACCGAACUCACAGCAGCGCUCGCCUCACACACCGAACAUUUACAGCAGCAGAGGAUCAGAUGAUGAAGGUACGACGUCCUCAUCACACCUGCAAUGACAUUUAAUAUUUAUCUCUGCAAUCACGGUAGCUACGACUUCUUAUUUAUUCAGAUCUGUUCACUGAUUUGUACGUUUUGCAGGCAGAAUGAUUUAAUAUUUGUAAUUCCUUCGUCACAAAGUGCUAAAAUACCAAAUGUAUAGUAAUCAGGGUUGGGAGGCUUACUUUUAAAAAUGGACUCUGAUACAAUCACCUGUUAAACAAAUGUUGUCAGUAAGGUAAUCCAAGUAUCACAGUAUUAAAGUAAUGUAACUUUAUUAUUACUGUCAGUUACUUUUGGAUUACUGCAAUAACCAAACAUGUCAAUAAUAAAGUAUUUGAGUCAAAUCCACAAAAGGUGCAAGUGAGGGAAUUAAUAGCAUCUUAAAUUCACAAAGCAUCUGCAAAAAGGUGAAAUGAAGCUAUUUACCCUCGCUGCCGAGCAAAUAGCUUCAUGGUGCCUGUUACACUUGCAUAUAUGUUAAAUUAGGUAAUAUUGAUACACUCAGCACUAGAGACAAGUGCAAGUGAGACAAAUAAUAGCAUCUUAAAUUCACAAAGCAUCUGCAAAAAGGUGAAAUGAAGCUAUUUGCCUAUCUGCAACACUUGCAUAUAUGUUAAAUUAGGUAAUAUUGAUACACUCAGCACUAAAUUUGCCCCUUUUUUAUGCAAAUAACACACAGUUAGGGUGGAGGUAAAAGUGUGUUCACAGAGUUGGUGUUAACUCCUCACCAGGGGCGGAUCUAGGGGCGGAUCUAGGGGUUGAUACGGGGCUUAGACCAGAGCACCUGCAGCCAGGGCCAAUUUAGUUUGGAUGGUUCACAUGCACAGAAUUUAAUUUUACUGCAUUGUGUGACUACUGCAAACAUUAGCAGUAAUAUUAGUGACUUAUUUCGGUCCUUUUUUAACUAUUUUCCAAAAAGAAUGCACAUAAAAAUAAAUGAAUAAGACGUUAAAUCAAAAGGAAAACAAAAAUAUGUUACAUUGACUUUUAACUACAUUUCACUUGUCUGCAGAAGACCUGUUGAGAAAUUCAAGUGACUUUUUUUUAGAUUUUUAAAAAUAGAUGUGGGCCUUUUUUGAGAAGCCUCUAGCUCCGCCCCUGGUCCAGAGUUUCAUUGAUAAAUUCUGCUUUAUUAUAAACAAUCCCAUCACAUAUAAAACCUGAGUCUGAGUGUAACAGCUGAUCUGUGUCGAUGUGCAGCAGAACACAGAAUAUUAAUCACCGUUAGAUCCUGAUCGAUCCGGUGUUAAUAAAGUUACCGCUGCCGUACUGCGUGUGUAAAUGAGCAUAGCAUUUGUCUCAGUUUGGAGACGCACUUAUCGUUUCAGCAGCUGUAUGAGGAUAAUAAUAAAUUAAUAAUAAUACAUUUAUUUAGUGCAGCACCUUUCACAGGAAUAGAACAGACCAUUAAAAACAUUGCAAACAGUAAAAAACAAAGCAAUAAAAUCAUUGAAUCAAUGAGGCAGAAGCAGGAAUGUGUGUCUGCAGCCAGAUGUGGACAACAAACAACAUCAGUAUUAAUGUUUGUGUGAUUAUAUUCAGUGACACCUGAACAACAGGAGUGGAAGAUUCAGUCAGACCUGUGUGCGUCACAUUAAUCGCUGUAUUCUGACAUUUUUUAUGUUCUAGUAAAAGAAGCAAAAUACAUGAAAGAUGGUUUGUGAUGGAGCUCUGUGUGUGUGUGUGUGUGUGUGUGUGUGUGUGUGUGUCUGUGUGUGUGUGUGUGUGUGUGUGUGUGUGUGUGUGUUUGUAAAAUCCUAAAACACUGGAAACAACAGACUUAUCAUUAGAACAUUGUUUCUGUGUAUCGGACGUUAAAACAGAGUACGGGUGCAAACACAGCGCUGUAACAUUCACCAGAUGAAACAGAACUUGACCUGCUGGCCGUGUGAAGUAUUAACUUUUAUGUGUGAUUUAUUAAAUAUUGAACGUCAUAUCAGUGGAGAGCCGUUAUGUGAGCUACAAACUCAACUGUUAAAUUAUUUUUCUUUUAAGAGUCUUUUGGUACUUCCACGGUGCGUUACGACUGUCCCUUAUGUGUCCGUUUCAUUCCUGCUCUUAACAUUUGGGAGUUUUAAAGGUGCAUGUAUGAGAUUUAAAGUAUAUAUCGUUCUUUAUUGUAAGAUGUGUUUUUAAAAUUGCAAUCUUGCUAAAUAACAACAAUUUUGACUUAAUUGUAGCUUUUAAUCCGAUUUUUCUUGUUUUUUCUGUUACGUAACCGUUACUCCCCGAACCUGUACACAGUAUUUAAAAGUGCCUUUAAAAUUUGUCCUUUUUUCUUUUUUUUGUUGCUUUGACACAAAGUCAUAACUUUAAUAUUAAUGGUUAUUAACUGUUUAUUUUAAAUUGUGGACUUUGAUUUUUUUUUGUGCCUUGUUGUUGUUUUCCAGAAAAGUUUGUAGCCUAAAAGUUUUGCUCCGACUCGUCAAUGAUUGUACACUACGAAGCCCCCCCCCCCCCCCCCCCCCCCCCCCCCCUUUAAUUUAAAGUAUAUGGUAGAUAUAGAGCACACGGAGAUGAUGUUACUUUAAUUAAAAAAAACUUUAUUUAACAAUAUUAAUCACAAAGAGAAAGAACAACAAGAAGUAUUUCUGUAAAAAUCCAGAGGGAGAGUCCUGCUAUUUUUAUUUAAAGAUGUUAUUAUUACUAUUCCUACCAAGAAGGGUUUUUUUUGUUUAUUUGCUUGUUUUCACAUUGAUAA